AUGUCACUCCCGACUCCAAAGGACAUUUUCGCAAAAUUAAAUGGUGGAAAAAUUUUCUCCAAAUUGGAUCUGUCUGAUGCUUAUUUACAGAUUAAAGUAAAUGAUAAAUGCUCAAAGUAUCUGACAAUAAAUGCACAUAGAGGAUUGUAUAAAUAUACCCGGUUGCCUUUUGAAUUAAAGGUUGCGUCGGCAAUAUUUCAGCAAAUCAUGGACGCUAUUUUAUCUGAUUGUGAAUUUGCAAUCCCUUAUUUGGACGAUAUAUUGAUUAAGAAUAAUUCGCGUGAACAGCAUGUGGAGCAUAUAAAAGCUGUGUUCAAGAAAAUGAAAGAGUACGGGUUCACUUUGAGUAAAGAAAAAUGCGAGUUCUUUUUACCUCAAAUUAAGUACUUAGGGCAAAUAAUUAAUAAAAAUGGUAGACAGCCUGACGUGUCGAGGGCUGAUGCCAUAAUAAAUAUACCAACUACAAGCGUUUCUUGGUCUGGCAAAUUACUACCAAAACUACAUUCCUAA